UGUCGGGAGAGGAGAGGACCAGUGACUGAGGCAGAGGAGACAAGUGCGAAGAGGCUCGGCGCUGAACGGGACUCCACGUAAAUAAACACAGCAGACGGUAUCGCUCUGUCGCAGGGGACUGAAGACACAGAACAGGCUUCGUGUUUCGCACCGCAGAGACAGGAGAUAAGAUUGAAGAAAACCACAGAAGAAGACGAAGCAGAGCACUAGCCAGGGAGGAGGAGGAGAGAGGGGAUUUGAGUUUCUCUGUUGUGAAUGUGCACGUGUCCUCAGACGGUGUGACUGAGCAGAGAGGCGGGGCGUCGCUGUAUUUGGGGGCAGACCUUUGCGUCACACACUGAUGAUGGAGAGGAGAAGGAUGGACGCAGUACUGCUGGUGCUGUUCUUGGUACACCUCGCCACUGCACUGGAGGUCCCACUAGACCUGCCGCAGCCACCGACCAUAACUCACCAAUCGCCCAAGGAUUACAUCAUCGACCCACGAGAGAACAUUAUAAUCCACUGUGAGGCGAAGGGGAAGCCUCACCCCAGUUUCUCCUGGACCAGAAAUGGGACCCACUUUGACAUCGACCAGGACCCCAACGUGACUAUGAAACCCCACUCUGGGACCCUGGUGGUGGACAUCAGCAGUGCGAAGGCCGAACAAUACGAGUGUGUGUACCAGUGCACAGCGAGGAACAAACAUGGAACUGCUGUUUCCAACAACAUAGUCGUACGACAGUCCAGGUCCCCCUUGUGGUCAAAGGAGAAAAUCAAGCCAAUUGUCGUUCAGGAGGGCGUGUCCUUAGUGCUGCCGUGUCGACCCCCAGCUGGCCUGCCUCCUCCCAUCAUAUUCUGGAUGGACAAUAACUUCCAGAGGCUGCCUCAGAGCAGAAGGGUGUCUCAGUCCCUGAACGGAGACCUUUACUUCUCUAAUGUACUCCGAGAGGAUUCCAGGAAUGACUACAUCUGCUACGCCCGCUUCCCGUACACACAAACUAUCCAGCAGAAACAACCCAUCACCGUCAAGGUCCUCAAUCUGGAUGCAAUCAAUGACACAAUGGCAGCUUUUUACAAUGACACUGAUUUAUUUAGUGAAGACCCAGCAGAUGAGAGAAAGCCAACCUUUCUCAUCCCAUCUGGCCCCUCCAGCUCCAAGAUGGUGCUGAGAGGACAGGUGCUGGAGAUGGAGUGUAUUGCAGAAGGACUGCCCACCCCUGCAAUCUCUUGGACCAAAAAUAGCGGCGAUCUCCCAGCUGAUCGCACAUCUUACCUGCACUACCAGAAGACCCUACGUAUUGUGAACGUGUCAGAAUCAGACGCAGGAGAUUACCGCUGCACCGCCAGGAAUGAGCUCGGCUCGGUGUACCACACCAUCCACGUCAUGGUCAAAGCUGCUCCGUAUUGGAUCGGUGGCGCCCCCAGGAACCUUGUCCUAGCUCCAGGAGAGGACGGUGUACUGACCUGCAGGGCCAGUGGCACGCCCAAGCCCUCCGUCACCUGGUCUAUGAAUGGCAUCCCAAUAGAGAAUUCCCCUAAGGAUCUCAGCAGAAAAGUGGAGGACGACACCAUCAUCUUCAGUCUUGUGCAGACUGGAUCCAGCGCUGUCUACCAGUGUAAUGUCUCCAAUGACUACGGUUACCUCCUGUCCAACGCCUUUGUCAAUGUGCUCUCGGAGCCGCCUAGAGUGCUGACACAAGCCAACAAAGUGUACCAGGUCAUCAAAAAUCACCAGGCCCUAUUAGACUGCGCUUCCUUCGGGUCACCCAUCCCUAAAAUUACAUGGUUCAAAGACAGUCGGUCCAGCACUCUUGAUGGAGACCCUUACAUCCACCAUGACAAUGGGACUUUAGAGAUUCACGUAGCUCAAGCCCACAAUAGUGGCAAAUACACCUGCGUGGCCGGAAAUACCCUUGGUAUCUACGAGAAUCACGUCUAUUUGGAGGUCAAAGAUCCCACCCGGAUCCUGAAGCAGCCAGACUACAAACAGGUCCAGAGGGGCAGGUCUGUAGUGUUUGAGUGUAAGGUGACAUACGACCCCUCACUCGAGCCCAUCGUGACCUGGCUCAAAGAUGACGGAGAGCUGCCCAAUGACGAGAGAUUAAUAGUAGGCUUCGACAGCCUCACCAUCACUGAUGUGACAGAGAACGAUGCGGGGGUGUACACCUGCAUCAUGAACACCACUCUGGACCAUGAUUCAGCCAGGGCUGAGCUCACUGUUGUUGAGCGACCCGAUCCCCCAACUGACCUGGAGCUGACGGACAAGAAAAAGAGGAGUGUUCAGCUCACUUGGACCCCUGGGGAUGAACAUAACAGUCCUAUUCAGAAAUUUCUGAUCCAGUAUGAAGACUUACUACACCACCGAGGUCACUGGCAUAAUCUCACUGAGGUCCCUGGAGCCAAGACGACAGCUCACCUCAAGCUGUCACCCUACGUCCACUACAUCUUCAGAGUUUUGGCCAUCAACUCUGUGGGUUUCAGCCGUCCCAGCUUCCCCUCCAGAAUGUUUAAGACAGAACCUGCAGCUCCGGAUGAGAACCCAACAGGUGUACAUGGAUUUGGAACAGAACAUGAUAAUCUUGUAAUCUCAUGGAAGCCGCUGACAGGCCUCCAGUCUAAUGGUCCAGGGCUUCACUAUAAAGUGAUGUGGAGGCAGAAGUUGAUGGAGAGUGAUUGGACCAAAGUGACUGUGGCUAACAACUCCAAGUUUGUUGUGUCUGGAACGCCCACAUUUGUUCCAUAUGAGCUCAAAGUUCAGGCAGUGAACGACUAUGGAGCCGGACCUGAGCCUGCUAUUGCCCACGGCUACUCAGGAGAGGACUUGCCAGUAGCAGCUCCAGAAAAUGUGCAGGCCGUGUUGGUGAACAGUACUCUGUCAGAGGUGCACUGGGAUCCUGUGCCCUCCAAAUCAAUACGAGGACAUCUGAAAGGAUAUAAGGUGUACUACUGGAGAGAGCGCAGCCUCCAUAAACACAACCCACAUCAUGUGGAAAAGCAGAUCCUGACCUUCAGUGGGAAUCGCACCCACGGCAUGCUGCCAGGCCUGCACCCCUUCAGUCUCUACUCAUUUAAUGUCCGAGUUUAUAAUGGGAAGGGAGAUGGUCCCCCAAGCCCUGACCAGCAGUUUGAGACACCUGAAGGGGUGCCAGGUGCUCCCACUUCCCUGGUAGUCACCAACACCAACAUGGACACUCUAACCCUUGAAUGGACUCCUCCUCAUGACCGUAAUGGACACAUCAUUGGCUACACCCUCAAAUAUCAGCCAGUCAAUAACUCCAAUGAGCUGGGCCCAGUGGAGGAGCUGGCCCUGCCCGCCAAUGCCACCUCAUUCACUUUGCUGAACCUCAAGUACAGCACACGCUACAAGUUUUAUUUGAAUGCGAAAACAGUCAGGGGAGCAGGCUUGGCCAUUUCUCAGGAAGCUGUCACCAUCAUGGACGAAGCUCUAAUAUCACAGCUUGAUAUAGAUGUGGGCAGAGCGCGGCCUGUGAGUCCUUUUGGGAACGUUAGCUCCUCGUCUGGAGAGGACGGGACCCUGAUCAGUUGGGAGUACUGGGGCCCGGAGAAAAACAUUUAUGUAGAAUACAUAGUGAAAAACAGUGAAGGUGAAGAGGAGUGGCAGAAAGAGCUUGUGAACGGCUCUCAGAAUGUUAUGCUGAAGGGCUUAAAGGGGGGCCUCUCCUAUAGGGUGCGUUUGGUGGCCAAAGGUCACCACGACCAGCCGCUCCACCGCUCUGAGGAGCUAUUGGUCUUGGUCCCAGCUGUGACGAGCAGACAAGUGGACAUCGCCACUCAGGGAUGGUUCAUUGGCCUCAUGUGUGCCAUUGCUCUGCUCAUUCUGAUCCUCCUUAUCAUCUGCUUCAUUCAGAGGAAUAAGGGAGGGAAGUACCCUGUCAAAGAGAAGGAGGAUGCACACACAGACCCAGAGUUCCAGCCCAUGAAAGACGAUGACUGUACUUUUGGGGAAUACAGUGACAAUGAGGACCAUAAACCGUUAAAAGGGAGCCGCACGCCGUCUAAUGGGACAGUUAAGAGAGACGACAGUGACGACAGUUUAGUUGACUACGGGGAAGGAGGAGACGGACAGUUCAACGAGGAUGGCUCGUUUAUCGGCCAGUAUAGUGGAAAGAGUGCCAGCAGGGAGACUGCUGAGGGCCACGAGAGCUCGGAGGCUCCCUCCCCUAUUAAUGCCAUGAACUCCUUGAACUCCUUUGUGUAGCCUAUCAGUCCUCACAGACGAGUGUGAGGCGCUGCAAUGACUGCUCAAUCCCCACAUCUCUCUUAAAGGGGUGUCCCAACACCUCACAGCUUUAUGAUCACAUCUCCAUCCCCAGUGCCACACAUGACACAUCUUUAUGGAGAGGCUUGGAGACCUAAAGCAGCAUUUAGGAAUGAAGUAGCUCAACCAGACAUUUGAUUUUUAACAGUGCAUGAAACAACUCAUAUGACCUAAAUCCAUAUUUAAAUUAACACUUUGAUAUUAACAAGUGUCACAUUCUUACCAGGAAUCUCUUAUGGACUAUGCAGUGCUCGUCUGAACUAUAUUUGUUUUUGUUACUGAUUAUUAUAUUAUCUACUAUGUUCAAAUAGUAAUCAGUUUCAUGUAUGUUUUCCAACACCGAAGCUUGUAUCGGAAUCUAUUUAAUAAUGUAAUUCCUUCAUGUAAUUCCAGUGCAUAAGGCAGA